AUGGCGUACAAGCUGGGCAUGCCCGGCGCAGCUGUCGCUAUGCUGAGCCAUGAUGUGGAUGAAAGAACUGAAACAAUGAAAAGUCUUCGAACCAUGUUUGAUGCAGUGCUCCACUUGGCCAAGAGUCAGAACUCAAAACUCUUGUCCCAGCUUUUGGAAGAUAUUGGUUGGCACAAGGAAACGUUGGCGCUGGACAUCAUGGCCAUGUGCCAACAGUCCAAUUAUGAUGCGUCCGACAGAGAGCUCAUCAAAUUGAUGUCUCGUUUGAGGUUUCCGCGCAGACCGGAUGACAUUGUGGACGACAAGAUUUCAAGCGCAGGGCCAUCUGCAGAUGCAAUAUCUGCAGCUGCAAUGGCCUUUGUUUUGGCAGACAUUGCUGCAGAUUUUGAAAACUUACCCCAUGCUGAGUUAGGCGGGUCUGCUGCAACCAUGGUUUUGCCAAAGUGUUGUUCUAAUAAGGCCUUAUUUUGGCCUUAG